UCUUGAAUGAGCUGCCGCUUCUGUCGGGGAGUAUAGAAACUGUGGGAUCGAUAAGCUAUGCCUCUCAGGAGCCCUGGAAUUUCAAUAAUAGUGUUCAAAAUAAUAUACUUUUUGGUGCCGAAUAUAAUGAAUCCCGAUAUAAACGAGUGGUAGAGGUGUGCGCUUUGGAGCGCGACUUUGAGAUAUUCGCGUUCGGAGACAAGACAUUAGUCGGUGAGAGAGGGGUAUCGCUAUCGGGGGGACAGAAGGCCCGCAUCACGUUAGCCAGAGCUCUGUACCGAAACUCAGACAUCGUAUUAAUGGACGACCCGUUGAGUGCUGUCGACACUAGUGUUGCCGAACAUAUAUUUGAUAAGU